AUGAGCAUCCCUCGCCCAACUUAUCUAUCACCUACCGCAUUAGGCCGAGAAGAGUCUCAUCUACUUGGAUUCUUCAAUAAUUCAAGAUCGCUCACGUUAGGACCAACCGAUGAGGAGGCUCUGGCUCAAUUCAUCCUGAGAAUCGCCUUUUCAAAUUCAUCUGAUGCAACCAAUCCUGUCCUACAAGGCGUGUUCGCUCUCGCGUCACUGCAGAUCCACGGCAACUCGCAGAGCCUUCGCUACAAGCAUCUGGUGAUAUUAUCAGUGAAAGAGUCAUGGAACCGGUUGGACGAGAAGACUCUACUUCAAAACCUAAUGGCGACCAUGCUUUUGUAUCAUUACGAGCUAUCAUUAGAUUCAAACUCCAAAGGAAGUUGGGUAAAUUAUUUAUGCACGGUGAAAAAGAUCAUCAACACUUGUCCAGCAAUACACAAGCUGGUACGGCAAGAAUAUUCCAUCUUCCUUGAUUGGAUCUAUUAUCACGAGGUUCUUGCGGAGUUCACGGUCAGACAUUGGAAGGUACCUUACGAGGGCUGCGGCUGGGCUCCACUGGCAAGAUCUCUGGGAGUGAUUGAAAAGAGCAACCUCAAGGUACAGGACAAUAUCGGCUGUCCAAUCGAUGUGCUCCAGUUGCUUGUGCAUACAUGUAGACAAGCUAUAGUGACGAACUCUUCCGAAAUCCAAGACGUGAGUGCUGAAACUGAGGAUACCAAUAUUCUAGAACAGAACGUAUCCAGGGCUCUUGGAGACUACGGACCCAUUCACGUGGAGUCCAUCACACCGAUACAUCGGAACACGAUGAUUUCCGAUCUUCACCGAAUCGCAUGUCUGAUCUAUGUCAAUCGGGCUGUUCAUUGUGUUUCAGGAACGGAAUUCCGUCACAGACGACUUGUAAGAGAGGGAAUCUUGCUGUUGGCCAAGAUGAAAACAUGCCAGAACGCGUGGCCGUUAUUCAUCAUUGCCUGCGAAGCAGUUGACGAUGACCAGCGUCUUCAUAUCAUGAACGUUUUCGAACAAAGCCGACAAGAUCGAAGACGGAGAUCGAGCCACAUUCAUCUCAUUCGGCAUACGGUGGAGGCUGUGUGGAACCAACAUGAUUUGAAUACUGAGAACCAGAAACAAGUCGUCUACCUAACGAUUUUCAAUGCGGUUGUUGGGGGACUUCCGUUCAUACCCCCGUUUGCCUGA